AGAGAGAGACAGAGAGAGAGAGAGACAGAGACAGAGAGAGAGUGUGUGUGUUUUUCUUUGCAACUCCAGCCUCUGUCCUUCACUCGUUUUCUGACCCGGACUGCAGGCUGGGAUUCAUGCACAACCCCGGUGUCAACAGUCUGGAUUUAUAUGACAAACGCUGUAACAAAACAACAGUCUAGCGCCUUUUCCAGCAUUUAAAGGAUUAUUUUUUAACAUAAAGGCCCAGUGGACGUCAUGCGGUCAGCGUUUGAUCCAAACUGAGUAAAUACACCCUCCUCACCUGUUCCACAUGUUUUGGCUGAUGCUGAAGGACACACUGGUCCGCAGUUUUCCACCAUGUGACUGGGUCUAGAGGUGACCAUCUCACCUACCAUGAUGGAAUCUGGUCUGUCUCUUUCCACAGACCCUCCUCACCUCAGCAGCUACAUCAAUAACAGCAACAACAGCUGGAGCAGCGUUCUAAUCGAUGGUGACUCGCUGAGGAGCAACAACACCCUGACCCUCCAUGACCGCCUCCACAAUGCCCUGCUGGGGGUCUCUCUGGGACUCCUUUCCCUCCUCACGGUCAUGAUGAACCUGCUCGUUCUCUACGCCGUGAAGAAAGAGAAGAGCCUCCACACCGUCGGGAACCUCUACAUCGUCAGCCUGUCUGUGGCAGAUCUCAUCGUGGGGACGACAGUUAUGCCGCUGAACCUGGUGUAUUUGUUGGAGGACGAAUGGAAGCUGGGGCGGGCUGUCUGCCAGUUUUGGCUCAUCAUGGACUACGUGGCGAGCACAGCCUCGAUUUUUAGCCUGUUCAUCCUGUGCUUGGAUCGGUACCGCUCUGUCAGACAGCCGCUUAAGUACAUGAAAUAUCGAACGCGGGGAAAAGCCAGCGUGAUGAUUUCCGGAGCCUGGCUGCUGUCGAUAAUGUGGAUUAUUCCAAUUUUAGGAUGGAGGUCUUUCACUCAUGUGGACCUCAAACCUGAGGAGGAGAACAAAUGUGACACAGAUUUCCGCUUUGUCACAUGGUUUAAGGUUAUCACUGCCGUCUUCAACUUCUAUGUACCCUCAAUUUUGAUGCUGUGGUUUUACACGCACAUCUACUUGGCAGUGAGGCAACAUCUCAGGGACAGAGAGAGAAUCAUUCAUCCGACUGAUUCGUUCGGCGAAAAUCAGAAUGGACAAAAUGUUCAAACACCUGCGAGAAGUGACUCCAAAUCACCCAAGAGGGAAUGUGAGGUUCCACUGAAACUUUCUAAAAAACAACGCCUGCUGGACCAGAACACUCUAGAUCAGGCAUAUUCCCUCGAGGAUGCUGACAAAACUAAAACUGCCUCGUCCAGAUCUCAUAGAAAAAUCGGCGUGAAGUGCCAGCAGACUUCAUUUCUCGCCAUCACAACGAAACGACUCAGAAUGGCACAAAAGGUCAAACGGUGCUCCUUGUCUCCAGAGGAGAAGCAGUCGACCGUUGAGACUUCUCUGAGUCGACCCACGGUGCCGCAGGAGGUCGUGUGCUCAGAGGGGAAUAACGAGAACAAACUUCAGGCGUCUUUAAAUGAAUGUCACCUCACAGUGCCGAACUCAGUGAGCGGCGUCUGUGACAUCAGUCAGGUGUCAGACAUGCAGAGAUACACCUCUGUGCUCUACAACAACUACGACGCCAGUCGCGCUCCACCCUGGACUGAGGAAGGGGUCGAAGAUGCCAAAUUGGACCCGGCUAAUUCAGCGACCCUGAGAAAGACGUGGCAAAGGUUUAUUGACCAAUCACGCCAGCGUAUCCAAAGCCUGAGGAUCCACAAAGAGCACAAGGCUGCCAAGCAGCUGGGCUUCAUAAUCGCGGCGUUCAUGUUGUGCUGGAUACCGUACUUCAUAGUUUUCAUGGUCACGGCGUUCUGCAGAGAGUGCGUGCACCAUGACCUCCACAUGUUUACCAUAUGGCUAGGUUACAUCAACUCCACUCUCAACCCUUUUAUAUACCCGCUCUGCAACGGGAACUUUAAACGAGUCUUCAAAAACAUUCUGAAGAUUCGUUUAUGACAGGCAAAGAGUUAGAACAAAAGCAUUGGCGUCUACAUGCUGCUGAUAUUCACAGAUAAGAAGGGAACGACUGUUGCGUCAGUUAAAUGUCUGAUACACCUUUGCAUGGGUGAGCUUUUUAAGUGGAGCUUAAGCUGUAAAUGUAUUUUGAGUGUAAGUUAUUUCUGUUUGCUCUUAUUGUUGUGACUUGCUGCCCUCCGGUUCAGACUCAUGGCAGCAGUUGAGGAUAAUGUCUGAACUGAAUGUUAUUUAUUUUGUCUAUGAUCUGCUAAUGAUAAUAAAGUCUGUAUUAGACCAGAGACCUUUAAACUCAAAAGAAUUUGAUCUCUCGCCUUCAGAAAGAGGAGCAUGAAUCUAGUGUCUUGGCUCUGGUCCAGAAUGGAGAAAAACUACGUCCAACAUGUGCGUUUAAAGAAAAUCGUUGUAAUUCAUUUCUUUUUGUGCACUAUCAAUAGACAGAAGCAGAGAGGUGACAAUGAAAACAUGAAAUGUUUAACGUUUUACAAGCUCUGCCAUGCAUUUGUGAGUGUUUGUCACUUUGUUUUCUCAUCAUUAAAACAGGAUAUGGGACAUUAGUUGUGCUCUCUAAUGUCAUUCCAGGAAAAACACAAAUGUUGCCAAGCGUCUGCUGAGCUGUU